CACCCACAGGCUGUUCCGAGCUCAGAAUAACACGAGACAGAGACUUUAGCAGACACGCAACCGCUCCGCUCUCAUUCUACUCUCCGAUCGCACUUGGAUUAUUCUAACUAUGACUCUGGAAGAGAUCCGCGGACAAGAGAACGCAAUGGAUAACGCAGAUAGGGUGCAAAGUGCAGGCGCAGCGCUGGAGGAGCUGCUCAUCUCCGCCAAGAAGCAGGACUACCUGACAGUCGGAGUCUACGAAUCUGCCAAAGUCAUGAAUGUUGAUCCAGACAGCGUGGCUUUCUGCGUGCUCGCCACGGAUGAGGAGUACGAGUGCGACAUCGCUCUGCAGAUCCACUUCACCCUCAUCCAGGCUUUCUGCUUCGACAACGACAUCAACGUGGUGCGAGUCAACGACAUCGCGCGCCUGGCCGACCUCGUGGGCGCCGACGGCACCGGCGAGCCCAAGGACGCGCACUGCAUUCUUGUCACGAGCCCCAGUGCAAACCCGUGGAAAGACCCCGCUCUGGACAAGCUGAGCCACUUCUGUGAGGAGAGCCGCAGCGCGUAUGACUGGGUGCCCACCAUCACCCUCCCAGAGCGCUGAAGUGACAUCCCACUGACAUGCUUCACGUGAUGAUGCAGAUAAGAAAGUCAAGGAGCUGAGCCUCAGCUGAUGAGCGACAAAAGCCUUCCUGCCUCACUUUUUCUGGGGAUGAAGAGGCUGUGGUUGCAGACCCUCCCACAACCAGCACCCCUUCCAGAGUGCACCCUUGCAGACCAGUCUGGGUCGGCUCGUUGGUUCUGGAUUAUACCCUGAGGACGGGGGUGCGAGUUCAGGCGUCAGCCGUGGACCGAGAGGUUGAUGGACACUGAGAAGGAGUUGGAUUGUACUGCACUGAGCAGGAAAAGAGGAUGAGCCGGGACUCAGGUGCUGCCCUGAAUCACAAGUUGAUGGGGAAGUGAGCAGAGAAAGUCACAGAGAAGGAGACUGUAAGAAAUGGACUCAUGGAAGUUUGGAGCCUGCAGUGAAUCUCAUCCGAGAGGAAAGAGGAAGAUGCUGGUCCUCAAGAUGGUUUCUGAAAGUUUCUCAAAGGACUUGCACAGCUAUCGGGAUGUUCUUGGAAUAAACAGAGACUCUGUUUGCGAAUCCUGAUUUCAGCGGUGUCUGUACCUGGGACACUUUUAAUAACGGACUAUUGUUCUUACUUUGAAAUAUGCAGACGAAACCGAUGCAAUGUUAAAUUUGAAUUGUACUUCACUUAUGAUGUUUUGUGAAAUAAACACAUGGAAUCAA